GAGCGCUUAAGCCUGGCGGGUGAGUCCUGGGCGCGGGAGGGAGGAACAGGCUCUGGUCUGAGGAACCCUGAGUUUGUGUUUGCGCCGAACUCCCUGCGCCAUGAGGAGCUUCAAAGGAGUCAAGUUUGGGGCUCUGUUGAGCAGCCCGAAGGAGGCGGAGAAGUUACUUCCGGACUUGAAGGAGUUCCUGACCAGGCUUCCAGAUGGUUCUUCCAGCUGUCGGUCUGACGCUGAGAGAGGACAAGUCUGUGACGGCAUCCUGAGAGCUUGCGCCCAGCAGCUGACCGCCAAGUUGGCUUGUGCCGGGCACGUGGGGAGCCUGUUGCAGCUGGCGGAGCUGGCUUGCGAUGGCUAUUUGAUGUCCACCCCUCAGCGCCCACCACUCUACCUGGAACGAAUCCUUUUCAUCUUACUGCGGAACCUAACCACACAGGGCGUCCCAGAUGCCACCAUCCGCCUUGCCCAGCCCCUCCACACCUGCUUGGUGCAGUGCUCUCGCCAGGCUGCUCCUCAGGACUAUGAGGCCGUGGCUCGGGGCAGCUUUGCUCUGCUCUGGAAGGGGGCAGAAGCCCUGGUGGAUCGGCGCGAUGCCUUCUCAGCCCGGCUGAGGGCCUUGAGCUUUCUGGUACUCUUGGAGGAUGAAAGUACCCCCUUUGAGGUCCCCCACUUUGCUUCUCCAACAGCCUGUAGAGUGGUGGCUGCCCAUCAGCUAUUUGAUACCAGCGGGCAUAGCCUGAGCAAGGAGGACGCUGACUUCCUCGAGGAGAUGGUCUGCCGGCACGUGAUCAGAACCUUGGUGGGUGAAGGAGGAGACUCUGCCGGUCCUCUUUCUCCCCAGAGGGCCCUCUGUCUUCUGGAACUCACCUUGGAACUCUGCCGUCGUCUCUGCUGGAGCCGGCACUUCACCAAAGCCACUGGGACCGUGGAGAGGGCUCAUAGUUACCUCAAGAGCACUAGUCUGGCCCCCAGCCUCCAGCUCUGCCAGCUGGCAGUUGAGUUGCUGCAGGUUGGGGAGGAAGGAUCCCAGGCUGUGGGCCGUCUUCUGCUCAAAGCCUUAGCUGUCCUGAAGAGCAGCAUGGAGGCAGCAUUGCCCCCACUACGGGCAUUGUGUGACAGCUGCCAGUUCUUCCUCUCAGGCCUGGAGCGAGGCACCAAGAGACGCUAUGAACCUGACACCAUUGGUGGCCUCUUUUCUUUCCUCAGAGUGUACCGAACCCUCCUCCAGCAGCUGCAGAGUGUUGUCUGUGGCGACUCGUCCUCCAAGCAGCAACAGUCUUUGGCUCAGCUGCACUUUCAGGGACUUCAGCUCUACACUGUGGUGGUUUAUGACUUUGCCCAAGGCUGUCAGGAAGCUGAUUUGGCUGACUUGGCCCAGCUGCUGGAAAGUUGCAAGUCUACUGUUGUCUGGAUGCUAGAGACCUUAGAAAGCCUGUCAGGCCAAGAGGUGGCUGUCUUCCUGGGGAUGACAGCCUCUUACACCAGCAACUUGACCUACAGCUUCUACAGUCACAAGCUUUAUGCAGAGGCCUGUGCCAUCUCCGAGCCCCUGUGUCAGCUCCUGGGCUCGGCAAAACCAGGUACCUACCCAGAGGUGCCUCCUGAGAAGUUACACAGGUGCUUCCGGCUGCAUGUAGACAGCCUGAAGAAACUGGGCAAACAGGCACAAGGCUGCAAGAUGGUGACUUUGUGGCUGGCAGCCUUGCAAUCCUAUGGCCCCGAACACAUGACAGAACCAGUCACUCACUGGGUUCGAGUCAAGAUGGAUGCAGCCAGAGUUGGAGACAAGGAGCUCCAGCUGAGGACUCUGCGAGACAGCCUGAGCGACUGGGACUCAGAGACUGUGGCCCUCCUGCUGAGAGAGGAGCUGCAGGCCUACAAGACUGUGCGGGCUGACACUGGGCAGGAACGCUUCAACGUCAUCUGUGACCUGCUAGAGUUGAGUCCUGAGGAGACACCAGCCAGGGCCUGGGCACGAGCCACCCACCUGAUGGAGCUGGCCCAGGUGCUCUGUUACCACGACUUUGCCCAGCAGACGGACUGCUCUGCCCUGGAUGCUAUCCAGGAAGCCCUGCAGCUUCUGGACUCUGUGAAGCCUGAGGCCCAGGCCAAAGAUCAGCUUCUGGAUGACAAGGCCCAGGCCUUGCUGUGGCUCUACAUCUGUACCCUGGAGGCCAAAAUGCAGGAAGGUAUUGAGCGGGAUCAGAGAGCCCAGGCCCCUAGUAACCUGGAGGAAUUUGAAGUCAAUGAUCUGAACUAUGAAGAUAGACUCCAGGAAGAUCGCUUCCUGUAUAGUAACAUUGCCUUUAACCUGGCAGCUGAUGCUGCUCAGGGCAAAUGCCUGGACCAAGCCCUCACCCUGUGGAAGGAGGUGCUUACCAAGGCUCAGGCCCCCACGGUGCGGUGUUUCCAGCAGACGGCAGCCUCGCUGCAGAUCCUAGCGUCACUCUACCAGCUGGUGGCAAAGCCUCUGCAGGCUCUGGAGGCCCUCCUGCUUGUCCAGAACGUCUCACAGAGACUGGAGGACCAUGCUAAGGCAGCUGGCACCUGCUGCCACAUCACCCAGCUCCUCCUAACACUAGACUGUCCCAGCCAUGCCCAGUUAUACCUCCAAGAGGCAGAAGCAAGCCUGAAGCUUGUGGAUCACACCACCGACACUUACGUGCUCCUCUCCCUGACCCGGGAUCUACUUCAGAGUCAGCUCUGCUGUGCUCAUCGGAAGGUGACUGAGGGUGCCACUCUGUUGCUGUCUGUGCUCCAAGAUCCUGCCCUCCAGAAAGCAUCGAAGGCCUGGUACUUGCUGCGUGUUCAAGCCCUGCAGCUGGUAGCAGUCUAUCUUAGCCUCUCCUCAGAUCACCUCUCUCCUUCCCUGGGGGAGCAGCUCCGUGCCCAAGGCUGGCAGACACCGGAGAUUGCACUUAUCAAGUCCCAUAAGCUUCUCCGAAGCAUCCUCCUCCUCCUCAUAGGCAUCGAUGUGCUCUCAGUUCAAAAGACAACUGUGGAGACUCCGUUUCUGGAUUACGGUGAUAAUCUGGUACAAAAAUGGCGGGUCCUCACGGAGGUGCUGAGCUGCACCAAGAAGCUUGUCUCCCGCCUGGGCCGCCUGGGUAGUGUGAGUGAAGCCAAGGCCUUCUGCUUGGAGGCCCUGAAACUUACAACAAAGCUCCAGAUACCACGCCAGUGUGCCCUGUUCCUGGUGCUGAAGGCGGAGCUGGAGCUGGCACGCAAUGACCUUGACCUCUGUCAGUCAGACUUGCAGCAGGUUCUGUUCUUGCUUGAGUCUUGCACAGAUUUUGGUGGACUGUCCCGUCACCCAGACUCUAAGAAGAAGAUCCAGCUGCAGAAGGGGAAGCAGCAGACCCAGGCUCACCGUUCCCCAGAGCUCCCUGAAGAUGAGCUCGUCCUAAAAGGUCCCGCUCUGGAACUGGUAGCCACUGUGGCCAAGGAGCCUGGCCCCAUGGCACCUUCUGCUAACUCCUCCCCGGUCCUCAAAACAAAGCCGCCCCCCAGUCCUGACUUCCUGACUCACUCUCCCACCUGUGACUGCUCACUCUGUGCCAGCCCUGUCCUCUUAGCUGUCUGCCUGCGCUGGGCACUGGUCACCGCCAGUGUGAGGCGGGCCAUGGGCCAUGAGGCCCAGGCUCUGGAUCUGCUGCAGGCUAUGCUGAAGGGUUGCCCCGCAGCCACUGAGCGCAUCGCCAAAACGCUCCAGGCUUCCCUGAGUCACAGAGCUUCCCCCGCCCCUGCCCUAAGUCUCUACGAUGAGAUCUUGGCUGAAGCAUACACACAGCUGGCACUGGAGGGACUGAGCCGACCAUCAAACAAGAGCCUGGGGAAGGUCCUGGAGUCAGGGCUGAAGUUUGUGGCAGCGCGAAUACUCCAUCUCGAGCCCUGGCGACCCCACCUUCUCUUGAUUCAGGCCCUUGCCAAGCUGACUGGCUUGAGCUGCUGCACUACCCAACUUUUUGCAAGCUCUUGGGGCUGGCGGCCACCUUCAGGAAAGAGCCCCCCAAGCUCAGAGGCCUCUAAGCCCCGAAGCCAAAAGCAUCCUGGAGGAGGGCGCCAGCAGAUGGCCUCUGCUGCCCUCCACGGUAGCUCUCUGAAAUGUCUGGAAGGUGGAAGACCACCCUGUACACCUAAGCCCCCGGGCCGGACCUGGCAGGCCAGCUCUCGGGUCCCUUUCACUGUUUAUGAAGAAGUCUCCCCUACAAAGAGCAAGCCUGAAGUUCCCAAGGCACCCAGGGUACAACGGAGAGUCCAGACACGCCUCAAGGUGAUCUUCAGUGAUGACAGUGACUUGGAAGACCCUAUCUCAGUUGAGACACAGCUCACAGAGGGGUCCAUAAAACGGGCCACCGCCUCUCGGGGCCGGGGCCGGGGCCGGGGCAGGAAGGGCUCCAGCUUGAAGGCUGAUGCAGUGGCUGCUCCAGGCAGUGCCCCUGGGUGCCCGACUCCCAACAUUAGCAGCAGAAGCCGGAGAGCCAAGAAGGUGGCAUCAGGAUGUGAGGAGGAGCUGACCUCUGAGGUCAUGAGGACCAUUCCCGAGGAGGAACUGACUGACAGUCAGAUGGACAUGAGCUUUGAGAUCCUCCGGGGCUCUGAUGGAGAGGACUGCGCCUCAGGUGGGAAGGCACCAGGAUCUGAUGCAGCUGUUGGAGAAUGUGAGGUGCUGAGACGGGAUGCCAGCAAAGAGGAGCUGCGUGUCCCAUGUCCGGACAAGAAUCUCCUGCCUCGACUCCAACUCCCCUCGGCCCCUAUAGCUGUCGAUCUUUCCACCUUGAAUUCCAUUUGUGACUCACUGAGUGUUGCUUUCCGUGUGGUCCGUCACUGCCCUCCUAGUGGGCUCUAUGCCCACCUCUGCCGCCUCCUGGCUUUGUGCCUGGGCCACCGGGAUCCCUAUGCUACUGCCUUCCUUGUCAGCGAGUCUGUCUCUAUCACCUGUCGCCACCAGCUGCUCACCCACCUCCACAGGCAGCUCAGCAAGACCCAGAAGCAGCAGCAGGAACAGGUGGACAUGGCCGAGCAGCUGCAGGGGCUGAACCUUCAGGACAGACCUGGGGACAUCCCCCUGGCUCGCAUCCAGCGCCUCUUCUCCUUCAGGGCCUCUGGGUCUGGCUGCUUCCCCCAGCCGGAGAAGGAGAAUUUCCAGGAGCAGCUGGAUCUGCUCCCCACUGGGGUGACAGUGUGUGUGCUGGCCCUGGCCACCCUCCAGCCUGGAACUGUGGGUGACACCCUCCUGUUGACACGGCUGGAGAAAGACAAGCCCCCAGUCACCAUGCAGAUCCCCACCGCCCAGAGCAAGCUUCCUUUGAGCUCAGCCCUGAAGGAGUUUGAUGCCAUCCAGAAGGAACAGAAAGAGAACAGCACCUGCACUGACAAGCGAGAAUGGUGGACAGGGCGGCUGGAACUGGACCAAAGGAUGCAGGUUCUUGUCGCUUCCCUGGAGAAGUGUGUGCUGGGCUGCUGGAGGGGACUGUUACUGCCAUCCAGUGAGGACCCUGGCCCUGCCCGGGAGGCCUCCUGCCUACAGGAGUCGCUGCAGGAAUGUGGCUGGAAAUAUCCUGACCCCACACUGUUGACAGUCAUGCUCAGUGCUGCCAGUACCCUCACCCCUCAGGACAUUCAGGCCCUGGCCUUUGGGUUGUGCCAAGCGCAGCCAGAACGAGCCCAGGAGCUCCUGAGCGAGGCAGUAGGACACCUACAGGGUCAGACGGAAUCUAGCAAUAAGCACCUUGUCCUAGUGCUAGACAAGGACCUACAGAAACUGCCAUGGGAGAGCAUGCCCUGCCUGCGGACACUGCCCGUCACCCGGAUGCCCUCCUUACACUUCCUGCUCAGCUACUCUGUCAUCAGAGAGUCUGGGGCCUCAUCAGUGCUGAGUCAAGGCGUGGAUCCACGAAAUACCUUCUAUGUCCUGAAUCCUCACAAAAACCUGGCCAACACAGAGGAGCGAUUUCGAGCCAAUUUCAGCAGUGAAGCGGGCUGGAAAGGAGUGGUUGGGGAAGUGCCGAGCCUGCAGCAGGUGCAGGCAGCCCUGACAGAGCGCGACUUAUAUAUCUAUGCAGGGCACGGGGCCGGUGCCCGCUUCCUGGAUGGGCACGCCGUCCUGCGGCUGAGCUGCCGGGCUGUGGCCCUGCUGUUUGGCUGCAGCAGCGCUGCCCUGGCUGUGCAUGGAAACCUGGAGGGGGCUGGCAUCGUGCUCAAGUACAUCAUGGCCGGCUGCCCCCUGUUUCUGGGUAACCUCUGGGACGUGACGGACCGUGACAUAGAUCGUUACACGGAGGCUCUGCUGCAGGGCUGGCUCAGGGCUGGGCCAGGAGCCCCCCUUCUUUACUAUGUCAGCCAGGCCCGACAGGCUCCCCGGCUCAAGUAUCUUAUCGGGGCCGCGCCUGUGGCCUAUGGUUUGCCCGUCUUCCUGCGGUGAUCCCUUGAAACUGUCCUAUCACCAAGAGAAGCCGUGUGAUUAGUCUACCUCCAGAGUUUAUUUAACCCUUAGGAUGAAUAUUUUAAGGACGUUCUCCCGUGUUUUAUAUGAAACAUUUCCUUUUAACCUUACUAUAAUAAAGAUUCAUAAGUUGA